GUGGCCUCUGGCAGCAACGUGGCAGCGCGCAUGCGCAAACUCUAACCGGCUCCACAGAGAGAGAGGAAACUGAGGAAGAGACGCGACGUUUCUAAAGGAAUUAAAGCUUAAAGUGUAGAAAUUACCGAAUUAUAAUGGGUUUAACAAUUUCCUCGAUCUUCGGGAGACUUUUUGGGAAGAAGCAGAUGAGAAUAUUAAUGGUGGGUUUGGACGCAGCGGGAAAAACAACAAUACUGUACAAACUGAAGCUCGGAGAAAUCGUCACAACCAUCCCUACCAUCGGGUUUAAUGUGGAGACUGUGGAGUACAGGAACAUCUGCUUCACCGUGUGGGAUGUUGGUGGUCAGGAUAAAAUCCGUCCUCUGUGGAGACACUACUUCCAGAACACUCAGGGUCUGAUCUUCGUGGUGGACAGUAAUGACCGAGAGAGAGUGGCCGAGUCUGCUGAUGAACUCUCCAAAAUGCUGCAGGAAGAUGAGCUGAGGGACGCCGUGCUGCUGGUGUUCGCCAACAAACAGGAUCUGCCCAACGCCAUGCCGGUCAGCGAACUCACAGAUAAACUGGGCCUGCAGAGUCUGCGCAGCCGAACGUGGUAUGUCCAGGCCACGUGUGCUACACAAGGAACCGGACUCUAUGAGGGACUGGACUGGUUAUCCAACGAGCUGUCCAAACGCUAAUGCUGUCCUCCACCUCACACACCGAGAGAGAGAGAGAUGGAGUUUUCAGAACAUUCAUCUAUAGACUCUGUUAUAAAGAGUGUGUGCGUGUGUGCGUGCGUGUGUGUGUGUGUGUGUGUGUGUGUGUCAGCAGUAAUGGGGAGCCAUGUCUUUCUUUACUUUUCUACACUUCAUUUCUCUACUUUUUUUGCUUCAUCUGAAUCACGGUGUUUUAUAUGUGAUGACGCUUUAAACUGCAUGUUUCCUCAAAACUGUGAGAGAUUCAUCAGAUCUCACCAUCUUCUCCACCUUCUCCACCUUCUCCACCUUCUCCAUCUUUACAUUUUAACAUCGAGUUAUCACCCAAACGUUCUCCAAGUCUUCUUCCUUGAAUAAAAACCACAGAUGAGUCAGU